AGUCACAGUAGCGACUUUCCUGCCUGCGCGUCUGCCUGCAUCGCCCAAUCACUAAUCUCGACGAAGGUAACGCUGGAGAGUGCAUAUAUGAUUGAGACGGACAAUUUCACAAUGUCAUUGAAACGGCAUGGUAGCUUCUAAGAAAGAAUGGAGGCUACGAAUCCGACUGCGUGGUGGGAAAGGGUCGGCGACCGUUUCUACCGCAAGACCCAGCUGUAUACCGCCGUGUUCGACCAGGAUCUAGACCUGGAUAAUUAUAUCGUUGCAGGAGCUCCAUAUGGCGGCGCUGUAGCAAUCUGUCGAGAUGAGACGCGUAUCAUAUCUUACCGGCCUAAUCAAUCCUCAAAGCCUAGCAUCGAUAUUUACAGCUGCGCGGGAAAGCUUCUCAAGAGCAUUGCUUGGGACAAGGGCUCCGUGAAGGGGCUCGGAUGGUCGGAAGACGAGAGACUGCUAGUAGUGAGCUAUGAUGGCACUGUCCGCUGCUAUUACGACUUGCAAGGCGAGUUCACUCAGUUCUCUCUAGGGCGCGAGGCUGAAGACUUUGGAGUCCACUCGUGUCGAUUCUACGAUCAUGGCAUGGUAGCACUGCUUACAAACAACGCCCUCGUGUCAGUAGCGUCGUACGACGAACCACGGCCCAAACUACUGGCUACGCCACCCGAGGGAGAGAUUCACUCUUGGACUAUUAUUUCCCCUAGCUGCACCCUAUCACGAUCUGUCGAGGUGCUAUUGAGCAUUGGAAAGACCAUUUAUGUUGCGGACGCUACUGAUUGUGAAGAUCGAUUGCUUGAUAUUGGACCUUUCAGUCACAUCAGUGCUUCGCCCAAUGGUAAGUUCGCGGCUCUAUACGCCGCAGAUGGGAAAACCCACGUCAUCACGUCCGACUUUCAGGAUCGACUAAGCGAGUAUGAUUCAAAAUCCCAAAUCACCCCGAAGUAUCUAGCAUGGUGUGGCAACGACGCUGUUGUCAUCGCCUGGGAGGAUGAAGUAAACUUAGUCGGACCUAACAGUGCCGUCACGAGUUUUGUAUAUGAAGGUCGUGUCCACGUAAUUUCCGAUCACGAUGGCGUUCGCCUUCUAACUAACGACGUUUGCGAUUUUAUCCAAAAAGUACCAGAUGUUACUGAAGAAGUCUUCCGAUUUGGCACUGAAUCACCAGCUUCUGUUCUUCUAGACGCUGUGGAACAGCUCGAAAACCAGUCGCCGAAGGCGGAUGAUAACAUUCAACUUAUCAGAUCCAACCUUGUAGAAGCAGUCGACACCUGCGUCGCAGCGGCUGGACAUGAAUUCAAUGUUCAUUGGCAAAAACAACUACUCAAAGCAGCAUCAUUCGGCAAGUCAGUCCUAGACAUCUACAAUAGCGACGACUUUGUCGAUAUGUGUGAGACACUGAGGGUUCUUAAUGCUGCUCGUUAUUACGAAAUUGGAUUGCCCUUGUCAUAUGAGCAAUACCAGCGCCUUACGCCAGAAGGCUUGAUACAAAGGCUGAUUAAUCGACACGAAUAUCUACUUGCCCUUAAAAUCGCCGGAUAUUUGCGCUUGCCGACCGAUCGCAUAUACGUCCACUGGGCUUCGGCCAAAGUACGGACUGGAGCGGAAGAUGAUAGUACGAUCUGUCACAUGAUUGUAGAGAAACUUGCCGGCAAGCCCGGCAUAUCGUUUGAGACUAUCGCGCGUGCUGCAUAUGAUGAAGGUCGUGGCCGGUUAGCUACCGAACUCCUCAACCACGAACCACGCGCCGGUCGUCAGGUACCACUUCUCUUGAGCAUGGAGGAGGAUGAAAUCGCACUUGACAAAGCCAUCGAAAGCGGUGAUUCGGACUUAAUCUUUAUCGUACUUCUGCAUCUAAAAAAGAAACUACCCCUUGCCGCAUUCUUCCGCGUCAUCAAUACUCGGCCGGCCGCUACAGCCCUCGUCGAGUCUUCUGCCCUACUAGAAGGCGACAAUACUCUGCUCAAAGACUUUUACUACCAAGACGACCGAAGAAUAGACGGUGCCGGGAUAUUCAUCCGCGAGGCCCUGAAACAGCCAGAUGCGCGCACGUCGGGCGACAAGCUUGCGCUUGCGGCUAAAUUACUCUCUGAUUCGCGGGAGAACAAUUUUGAACUAGUCGCUUUGAAAGAAGCAGCAACACUACUGCGGAUGCAAGAAUCUCUCGACCGAGACCUGACGGACUCCUUUAAGGGACUGAGUGUUAAUGAAACGCUGUACAAGUUGAUCCACCUAGGCUAUUCCAACAAGGCCAAGCGCAUCCAAAGCGAGUUCAAAGUACCGGAGAAAGUGACGUGGUGGAUUCGACUCCGUGCUCUUGUCGCGAGACGCGAUUGGAAUGAGAUAGAAGAAAUUGCUAAGAGCAGGAAAAGCCCGAUAGGAUGGGAGCCAUUCUUCAACUUAAUCCUACAAGCCGGCAACGCGCGUCUCGCAGCCUCGUUCAUCCCAAAGUGCACGAACCUCGAACCGGGUGCGGCCAUCACGAUGUACGAGAAAUGUGGCAUGCGCGUCAAGGCCGCCGAGGAGGCCGUCAAGGCCAAGGACGCCGACGCGUGGAUGCGGCUCCUCGAGGCGGCGGGCAAGACCACCACGGAAGGGCGCGAAAUCGAGCGAUUAGGGGCGCAGGUGUUCAAGAAGUAGUUAAUAGCUUAGUAUAGUCACUUAUCAAAUUGUUAGCGAGACGGCAGUGCAAAUAUGUCGGAUAUUUCUAGUAAUGUAUGUAUGUAUGU